GCCCCGAGGCUCGGCGGCGGCGACGGGCGCGCGCGCGCGCGGUGCUCGCUGCCCCCACGCCGCUCCCUGCGUUCUGAUCGCUGCGUCUCCAGCUCCCCGCACCUCUGCGCGCCUGCCCCGCGGAUCAGGAGACGGCGGCUGUGAUCUGGGGGCUCCGACGGCUCGGCGCUGGGGGAGCGGAGCGGAGCCCGGCACGUCCCUGGGAGGCGAUGUGACCAGGAGUGGGCCCCUGCGUAAGGCGGGCGUCGCGGCAGGCCAGCCGGUGAGGCGCUGCUGGGGGAGGCCGCGACGGAGCUCCCGGACCCGCCAUGGGCUGAGACACUUCCUCGCCGAGCAGGUGCAGUGAUCAGAGGUCCCGGGGGAAGCCCGCCUCAACAAGCCCCUUCAGCCAGCCUGUAGUGAAAGUGACCCUUCCUUACCCCACCAGAACAUGCCCGGGUGACUUCCUCCCAGAUCGUCCUUGUGGCCUUCCUCGCCCUCCGCAGUGACACUAUGCAACCCCCACGAGACCUGCGAGGCCUCUGGCUCCUGCUGCUGUCCCUGUUCCUGCUCCUCUUUGAGGUGGCCAGAGCUGGCCGGCCGGUGGUGAGCUGUCCUGCCGCCUGCCUGUGCGCCAGCAACAUCCUCAGCUGCUCCAAGCAGCAGCUGCCCAACGUGCCCCACUCCCUGCCCAGCUACACCGCCCUCCUGGACCUCAGCCACAACAACCUGAGCCGUCUGCGGGCCGAGUGGACCCCCACGCGCCUGACCCACCUGCACUCCCUGCUGCUGAGCCACAACCACCUGAAUUUCAUCUCCUCUGAGGCCUUUUCCCCGGUUCCCAACCUGCGCUACCUGGACCUCUCCUCCAACCAGCUGCGGACGCUGGAUGAGUUCCUGUUCAGCGAACUGCAGGUCCUUGAGGUGCUGCUGCUCUACAAUAACCACAUCAUGGCAGUGGACCGCUGCGCCUUCGACGACAUGACCCAGCUGCAGAAACUCUACUUGAGUCAGAACCAGAUCUCCCGCUUCCCUCUGGAACUGGUCAAGGAAGGAGCCAAGCUCCCCAAACUAACGCUCCUGGACCUUUCCUCCAACAAGCUGAAGAACUUACCAUUGCCUGACCUGCAGAAGCUGCCCGCCUGGAUCAAGAAUGGGCUAUACCUACACAACAACCCCCUGCACUGCGACUGCGAGCUCUACCAGCUCUUUUCCCACUGGCAGUACCGGCAGCUGAGCUCCGUGAUGGACUUUCAGGAGGACCUGUACUGCAUGAGCUCCAAGAAACUGCACAAUGUCUUCAACCUGAGUUUCCUCAAUUGCAGCGAGUACAAGGAGCGUGCCUGGGAGGCCCACCUGGGUGACUCCUUGACCAUCAAGUGUGACACCAAGCAGCAGGGGAUGACCAAGGUGUGGGUGACACCCAGCAAUGAACGGGUGCUGGAUGAGGUGGCCAACAGCACGGUGACCGUGUCCAAGGAUGGCAGUCUUCAUUUCCAUCGGGUGCAGAUCGAGCAUGGGGGUGUGUAUACCUGCUAUGCCAUGGGGGAGGCUUUCAAUGAGACCCUGUCUGUGGAGUUGAAAGUGUACAAUUUCACCUUGCACGGACACCAUGACACCCUCAACACAGCCUAUACCACCCUUGUGGGCUGUAUCCUCAGUGUAGUCCUGGUCCUCAUAUACCUGUACCUCACCCCGUGCCGCUGCUGGUGCCGGGGUGUCGAGAAACCUUCCAGCCAUCAGGCAGACAGCCUCAGUUCUUCCAUGCUUAGUACCACACCCAACCACGACCCUAUGGCUGGCGGGGACAAGGAUGAUGGUUUUGACCGGCGGGUGGCCUUCCUGGAACCUGCUGGACCUGCGCAGGGUCAAAACGGCAAGCUCAAGCCGGGCAACACCCUGCCAGUGCCUGAGGCGACAGGCAAGGGCCAGCGGAGGAUGUCGGAUCCAGAAUCGGUCAGCUCGGUCUUCUCUGAUACGCCCAUUGUGGUGUGAGCAGAAUGGGUUGGUGGGGAGAUUCUGCCCCAGGAGAGGUAAUGCGCCCUUGAAGGAUGUGAGGGGAUGGAAGAGAGGGCUAGCUGCCCAAGGGAGUGGGUUCCCCUCGAACUCAAGGGAAUUGGCCACGGGUACAACAGCAGGCAAGACCCCAAGCAGGGUGUGGCUGCCAUGAUUUUCAAAUGUGGAUAUACUAAUCCUCAGGCAAAUAUGACACCCCUUCCCAGAGCCCUGACAGUUCUCAAGGUGGUGGAAGAAGAGGGUGUCUGCUGGUGGGAAUGAGGUAAGGGGUGAAAGAGCAGAUCCCCUAAACUUUUUGAGGUCAUCCCUAGCUCCUUCAGAGAAAAUCAUUUGGGAAAAAGAGUCACUUUUUUCCUUUCUCUGCCCACCCACACCUGUGAUGUUGUGUGUACUGGGGGGAGCUUCCACAGGAGCCACAUUGGGGAAGAGCUAGAUUGUCUUCCUUGGCCAGGAAGUCACGCAUCACAGCUGGGGAAAUGGGAAAACUUUGGGAAAAGAAGUCAGGAAAAGGCUGGGACCUCAAUAACAUUCCCCAAAGCUGUUGUAAGACUUCCCAGGAACACCUUCCUCUUUCCAGAGGAGCCCUGGGUGCAUGGGUCUUUUGCAGGAGCUUGGCCUGUUGCCUGUCAGAUAUGGCAACAGUAUGAGAUGCGGUAUCUGUGUCUUGUCCUGGGACCAGUGGUGCAGAGGGGUACAGCAUGAACCAAGGGGUCCCUGUGACAGUAUAGAUGCCAGCACAAAACCUGUAGAUGGGGGAUAAACUCCAGAUUGGAACCGGUUGGUGAAACUCUUGGUUAGCAUCUGAUUCCCAGCACCCAUGUAGUGGAUCAAGGUGUGGGGUGCUGGAAGCAGAGUGUCUAUGGAUGCCUGCCACAGAGGUGGGAUGAGGGCCUCUUUGCACGAGGAGGUGGAGGGUAAACCAGCCACUGUUACGUAGCAUCCAGCAUCUAGCAGGAUCUACCUGAUUUUCUGUGUAUGCCCUCUCUUCAUUCAUUCUCCUGAUAGGCUCAGGUAGAAUUCUGAGUGUUCCCUAAUAUGCUGCUCUGCAAAAGAAGAGUCCAAGAAGUCUGGCCCCAGCUGGGUUAGCUUGGGCUCAGGGGUGGAGGGGAACAGGCAGACAUCUCCUUUGUGCUGACAAAGCCGCCUUGCUCCUCUCUUAGAGAUCUCACCCCUGCUGCAGAGCUGGAGCAUGGGAUUCAUCAUCUGUGGAGCUGGAAUCAAGUGGUCCUUGCCACAGAGGAGUGGUGGUUUGGAGGGUGGCUUAGAGUUCUGCCCUCUCCACAAGGUUCCAGGCAGUCUUGUAACAGAGACAGUCAGUGGCACUAAACUUUCAGAAGGAGACCCUCUCAGCCAGAGGUGUGCACAGUUGUCAGGCCAGAGGAACUUAAGAACAGGCCCAACAUUCCAUUCCAUCAAAGUGGCAGAAUACUUUGGGCAUAGAGGUGGCCACUUCCUUUGACUCUACUGCAGGCCCUGGGGGUUGGUGGCUCUGAGCUUUGGCAAGGGGACAUGAAGGGCAAAGGUGAAAAUGUUCUCUGACGUUGGUCUUUUCAGUCUGUCCCCUCUCUCUCACCAAGUCCCCGUCCUUGGAAGUUCUCCAGCUCUUCCAGUUUUCCGAUCUGCUGUUUAGGUUCCAAGAAGUGUCAUUUACCUGUGGGUGAAGGCUGCUUGCUAGGAGGUCCUAACUACCCUGCCUGUUAAGAUCCGAGGUGGGGACUGGAACUCAACAUCUUCCCCUUGUCUGUUCCUGGGAUGUCAAGACCACUGUCCAUCCUUUAUUAGUAACCUAGCUUUGUCGAGAGAGGUGCAGCGUUUCCCUCAAGUACUUGCAUGCUCAUAGGGAUGCAUGCUUAUAGGUCUGCAUGCACCCCAGCACCUUGACUUCCAUCAGGACGAUUCUUCAGUCCCCACUAAUGUCCACUUCCAGAGUGGUUUCUACUUAUGUGCACAACUUCAUGCACACAAUUUUCUUGCCCUGUAGGAGAGACUGUGACCAUGCCAGGCUCUGCAGAUACAAACUUUUGUACUUUUGAUUUCUGAACUGCCUAAAUCUUCACCCACAUCUCUGUGGCAGUCCAUAAAGCCCAGAGUUAGGAAAGCUUCAGGUUGAAGACCUUGAGAGAAGGGUUGAUGAGGAGCAAGCUGGCUCUUCAGACUCCUCAGAAACCUUCCUUAGAGUAAUGGUAUGUCAGAAAUAAAUGGAAAACUAGGUCAGUGACAGAUCCAGAACACUGGCAGGGGACCAAGCAGCUGUAAGUUGUUCUUCCUAUGUUAACUGCCCUAGUAAGCUAGGGGCAGGAGGGAAAAGUUGUGUGGUCAUAUUCCAGAGACUUCUAAAGAUUCUGACACUGAAGCUAUAGGAACCAGGAUCCCCUCCUCAGACUUAUCAGAGAAAAUCUCACCUCCUGGCAGCAGCUUCCCCUCUAGGCAUCAUUGAGGGCUCUGAAAAUCUUUCAAGUGGAUGUCAGAUGAAGUAGUUCCUCUGGACAUCCUGAGUUCCCAAGGACUAGGAAGGCCAUUUUCUUCCUAAGUCCUACCCAGUUUAGGGCAUGAGGCUCUUAGUCUUCCCCACCAAGAGACUGAACUGAUUGGCCUCUUCCCAUGGUUUCAGUGACUAGAACCCAAAGGUUGCUUUCUACUUGAGGGAUUAGGGACUCAGCAGAUGUAAGCUCACUGGAACCCUGUGUAGGAAACUGCCAGGUCUGGUUAUAAGAAAAGGUCAAGCGAUCACCCCCACCCCCAUCAGUCAACCAGAGAUGUCUCCCAGGAAGCAGGUGUCCCUGGAGACAGAGUAUGUCAGGGCUGUACAAUCUGUCUGUGUGAUUGUUUUUGAUCUUUCUUUCUUUCCCUGUAUUUAUGAGGCUCCUAGGAAGGAGCCAGGAGUGGGGAGACCCCAGCUGGGGAGAGUGAAGGCGACUGAUUCCAGUUUUCCGUGUGUCCUUACCUCUGUACUCCCUUGUAGCCCUGCUGGCGAAGUGAGCAGGCCUCCCCAUGUCCAGGAUCCCAGUCCUUCCACUUGUGUGCUCCCAGGCUGGCAAACCUUGGAGCCUCUGGGCUCUGAAAACUAGACAAUGAUCAUUAAAACCUGGCUUGAGUCUCUUUU